AUGUACUCGCGGGUCAAACUGGAAGCUGCUUUUGAAAGUGGUUCGAGAGAAGGAGCAGGUGUUCUCCAGUUAGUAGACUUCGACGCGCCUCGGGAUUGUUUUGAAUCAGUUUUACAAGUGGAACCUAAUGUGUUUGUGUUUUCUUUCAUGUGUCUGUCUGUGACUUUUCCGGAUUUCGCUAUCGGUCACAUGUAA